UAUGUAAUGUAAUGUAAUGUUCUGCAGACUCUCAUCAAUUUCGAAAAUCUUGUGUUUCCCUGGUCUUUUCCUUGUCUAACAAGUGUCACCUCCUUUUGCCCAUUCUCGACGCUUUGGCUCUUAAAAAAGGGAAGCAAAACGUUAACUAUAGUCGUACUGACCCAGAAGACCCACUCUGCGUCCUCCACACAGACCAAUCAUGGAUGAUCGUACUGACCCAGACGACCUCCACACUAUUCUCUCCGAGCAACGCAGAGACCUCAUGGCCGCCAAAACUCUAGACUCCGACCUCGACAUGGCCUUCAAGCUCCAAAUGCAGGAAGCCAUGGCCGCCUCUCUCGCUCUCAAUCCCUCGUUGGCCUCGAGUUCGAGUUCGCGCAACUCUCCGCCUCCUUCGCCUCCCCACGACGCCAUUUUAGACCUCGCCGCCACACUCAUGCUCGAGGACGUCGAGCGAUUCGCGCAGGAGUGGGAGGACCACGAGCGCACCGUUUCGGAGAUGAGGAAGACGAAGGAAGAUCUCAACCGUCGAAUUCACGAUCAGAAGUUCGCCGCCUACCUCCGCGACGUGCCCGAGGACAACUGGGCCAAGCACGGCGACUAUUACCAGCGUCCGUACUGUGCGGACGAAUCGUCGUCGUCAUCGUCGACAAAAGCUGUGGCGGUGGAGACUGAGAAUUUGAGGUUGUAUUGCAAGGGUUUGGUGAGCGAGGAGAGGGUUAGGGAUAUGAAGGUAGUGGUGGCUGGGGCAGGUGUCGCGAUUUGUGACCCUAGAGACAAUCUGAUAUUCGAGGCGAGGAAGAAUCUGGAGGCGGUGGUUGAUGGUGUGGUGCUGAGCAACGAGGCUGCGGAGCUUGAGGCCAUCAUUGAAGGGCUUAACAAAGCUCUCACCUUGGACUUGAAAUCUGUGACCUUUUACUGUGAUGACUACAUGCUUUACCAAUAUGUCACAAACAGAGUGCGUCCUGGAAACAGCAAGGUUGCAACAUUAGUCAAUCAAGUGGCUCUUCUACAAAGAAAAUUUGAAUAUUGCAGCCCUUCUCUUGUAGCACGUACUGACAUUAAGUUUGCACUUAAAGUUGCAAGAGAGGCUAUAGUUUCUCAGAUCACCUGGCGUGCAGACUCUAGCAAUGGAAAGAGUUUGAAGGAGACUUGUGUAAUUUGCUUUGAAGAAACUGAUGUUGCGGAAAUGUUUUCAAUCGAUGGCUGUCUACACAGGUAUUGCUGUUCUUGUAUGAAACAGCAUGUGGAAGUAAAGUUUCUGAAUGGGAUGGGGGCAGAGUGCCCUCAUGAAGGCUGUAAAAAUGAGGUGAAUAUUGAUAGCUGUGCAAAAUUCUUGGCACCUAAACUAGUUGAGGCCAUAAGCCAAAGAAUCAAGGAAUCUUCUAUUCCGGUUACAGACAAAGUUUAUUGCCCAAAUCCCAGGUGUUCUGCAUUAAUGUCUAAAAAGGAGGUCUUAGAAUAUACCAAAACUACUUUUGUCCGUGCUGAGCAAACUGGAGCCAGGAGAUGCAUGAAAUGUCAUUACUAUUUUUGUAUCAAUUGCAAGGUCCCUUGGCACUUCAAUAUGACCUGCUAUGAUCAUAAAAGAUCACAUCCCUAUCCCCACCAAGAAGACCAAUUGCUCAACUCGCUGGCUACAAAGAAACUCUGGCGUCAAUGCGUAAAGUGCAACCAUAUGGUUGAGCUCGCUGAAGGUUGUUACCACAUAACUUGCAGAUGCGGUUAUGAGUUUUGUUAUACUUGUGGAGCUGAGUGGAAGAACAAGAAAGCAACAUGUUCCUGCCGAAUCUGGGAUGAGCGUAACAUUAUACGUGAACAGCCACGACAAGCACAGCCCAUUAUACGCGAACAGCCACGACAGGCACAGCCCCUUAUACGCGAACAGCAACUACAGGCACAGCCCCUUAUACGCGAACAGCCACGACAGGCACAGCCCAUUAUACGCGAACAGCCACGACAGGCACAGCCCAUUAUACGCGAACAGCCACGACAGGCACAGCCCAUUAUACGCGAACAGCCACGACAGGCACAGCCCAUUAUACGCGAACAGCCACGACAGGCACAGCCCAUUAUACGCGAACAGCCACGACAGGCACAGCCCAUUAUACGCGAACAGCCACGACAGGCACAGCCCAUUAUACGCGAACAGCCACGACAGGCACAGCCCAUUAUACGCGAACAGCCACGACAGGCACAGCCCAUUAUACGCGAACAGCCACGACAGGCACAUAACAUUAUACGUGAACAGCCACGACAAGCACAGCCCAUUAUACGCGAACAGCCACGACAGGCACAGCCCCUUAUACGCGAACAGCAACUACAGGCACAGCCCCUUAUACGCGAACAGCCACGACAGGCACAGCCCAUUAUACGCGAACAGCCACGACAGGCACAGCCCAUUAUACGCGAACAGCCACGACAAGUACGACGACGACAUUGA